AUGAGCAAUAAAACCAGGCAAAGAGGCCACAGUACGAAAGCUGAGAGUGGGUGGCGUUCCCAUUGUGGCGGUCAGACUCAGGGUGGCGUUCCCAUUGUGGCGGUCAGACUCAGGGUGGCGUUCCCAUUGUGGCGGUCAGACUCAGGGUGGCGUUCCCAUUGUAGCGGUCAGACUCAGGGUGGCGUUCCCAUUGUAGCGGUCAGACUCAGGGUGGCGUUCCCAUUGUGGCGGUCAGACUCAGGGUGGCGUUCCCAUUGUGGCGGUCAGACUCAGGGUGGCGUUCCCAUUGUAGCGGUCAGACUCAGGGUGGCGUUCCCAUUGUGGUGGUCAGACUCAGGGUGGCGUUCCCAUUGUGGCGGUCAGACUCAGGGUGGCGUUCCCAUUGUGGCGGUCAGACUCAGGGUGGCGUUCCCAUUGUCGCGGUCAGACUCAGGGUGGCGUUCCCAUUGUGGCGGUCAGACUCAGGGUGGCGUUCCCAUUGUGGCGGUCAGACUCAGGGUGGCGUUCCCAUUGUCGCGGUCAGACUCAGGGUGGCGUUCCCAUUGUGGCGGUCAGACUCAGGGUGGCGUUCCCAUUGUGGCGGUCAGACUCAGGGUGGCGUUCCCAUUGUCGCGGUCAGACUCAGGGUGGCGUUCCCAUUGUGGCGGUCAGACUCAGGGUGGUGUUCCCAUUGUCGCGGUCAAACUCAGGGUGGCGUUCCCAUUGUGGCGGUCAGACUCAGGGUGGCGUUCCCAUUGUGGCGGUCAGACUCAGGGUGGCGUUCCCAUUGUGGCGGUCAGACUCAGGGUGGCGUUCCCAUUGUGGCGGUCAGACUCAGGGUGGUGUUCCCAUUGUCGCGGUCAGACUCAGGGUGGCGUUCCCAUUGUGGCGGUCAGACUCAGGGUGGCGUUCCCAUUGUGGCGGUCAGACUCAGGGUGGCGUUCCCAUUGUGGCGGUCAGACUCAGGGUGGCGUUCCCAUUGUGGCGGUCAGACUCAGGGUGGCGUUCCCAUUGUGGCGGUCAGACUCAGGGUGGCGUUCCCAUUGUGGCGGUCAGACUCAGGGUGGCGUUCCCAUUGUCGCGGUCAGACUCAGGGUGGCGUUCCCAUUGUGGCGGUCAGACUCAGGGUGGCGUUCCCAUUGUGGCGGUCAGACUCAGGGUGGCGUUCCCAUUGUCGCGGUCAGACUCAGGGUGGCGUUCCCAUUGUGGCGGUCAGACUCAGGGUGGCGUUCCCAUUGUGGCGGUCAGACUCAGGGUGGUGUUCCCAUUGUGGCGGUCAGACUCAGGGGGUGUUCCCAUUGUGGCGGUCAGACUCAGGGUGGCGUUCCCAUUGUGGCGGUCAGACUCAGGGUGGCGUUCCCAUUGUGGCGGUCAGACUCAGGGUGGCGUUCCCAUUGUGGCGGUCAGACUCAGGGUGGCGUUCCCAUUGUGGCGGUCAGACUCAGGGUGGUGUUCCCAUUGUCGCGGUCAGACUCAGGGUGGCGUUCCCAUUGUGGCGGUCAGACUCAGGGUGGCGUUCCCAUUGUGGCGGUCAGACUCAGGGUGGCGUUCCCAUUGUGGCGGUCAGACUCAGGGUGGCGUUCCCAUUGUGGCGGUCAGACUCAGGGUGGCGUUCCCAUUGUGGCGGUCAGACUCAGGGUGGCGUUCCCAUUGUGGCGGUCAGACUCAGGGUGGCGUUCCCAUUGUCGCGGUCAGACUCAGGGUGGCGUUCCCAUUGUGGCGGUCAGACCUGGUGGCGUUCCCAUUGUGGCGGUCAGACUCAGGGUGGCGUUCCCAUUGUCGCGGUCAGACUCAGGGUGGCGUUCCCAUUGUGGCGGUCAGACUCAGGGUGGCGUUCCCAUUGUGGCGGUCAGACUCAGGGUGGCGUUCCCAUUGUGGCGGUCAGACUCAGGGUGGCGUUCCCAUUGUGGCGGUCAGACUCAGGGUGGCGUUCCCAUUGUGGCGGUCAGACUCAGGGUGGCGUUCCCAUUGUGGCGGUCAGACUCAGGGUGGCGUUCCCAUUGCCGCGGUCAGACUCAGGGUGGCGUUCCCAUUGUGGCGGUCAGACUCAGGGUGGCGUUCCCAUUGCGCGGUCAGACUCAGGGUGGCGUUCCCAUUGUGGCGGUCAGACUCAGGGUGGCGUUCCCAUUGUGGCGGUCAGACUCAGGGUGGCGUUCCCAUUGUCGCGGUCAGACUCAGGGUGGCGUUCCCAUUGUGGCGGUCAGACUCAGGGUGGUGUUCCCAUUGCGCGGUCAGACUCAGGGUGGCGUUCCCAUUGUGGCGGUCAGACUCAGGGUGGCGUUCCCAUUGUGGCGGUCAGACUCAGGGUGGCGUUCCCAUUGUGGCGGUCAGACUCAGGGUGGCGUUCCCAUUGUGGCGGUCAGACUCAGGGUACUCAGGGUGGCGUUCCCAUUGUGGCGGUCAGACUCAGGGUGGCGUUCCCAUUGUGGCGGUCAGACUCAGGGUGGCGUUCCCAUUGUAGCGGUCAGACUCAGGGUGGCGUUCCCAUUGUGGCGGUCAGACUCAGGGUGGCGUUCCCAUUGUGGCGGUCAGACUCAGGGUGGCGUUCCCAUUGUGGCGGUCAGACUCAGGGUGGCGUUCCCAUUGUGGCGGUCAGACUCAGGGUGGCAUUCCCAUUGUGGCGGUCAGACUCAGGGUGGCGUUCCCAUUGCCGCGGUCAGACUCAGGGUGGCGUUCCCAUUGUGGCGGUCAGACUCAGGGUGGCGUUCCCAUUGUAGCGGUCAGACUCAGGGUGGCGUUCCCAUUGUGGCGGUCAGACUGAGGGUGGCGUUCCCAUUGUGGCGGUCAGACUCAGGGUGGCGUUCCCAUUGUGGCGGUCAGACUCAGGGUGGCGUUCCCAUUGUGGCGGUCAGACUCAGGGUGGCGUUCCCAUUGCCGCGGUCAGACUCAGGGUGGCGUUCCCAUUGUGGCGGUCAGACUCAGGGUGGCGUUCCCAUUGUGGCGGUCAGACUCAGGGUGGCGUUCCCAUUGUCGCGGUCAGACUCAGGGUGGCGUUCCCAUUGUGGCGGUCAGACUCAGGGUGGCGUUCCCAUUGUGGCGACUCAGGGUGGCGUUCCCAUUGUGGCGGUCAGACUCAGGGUGGCGUUCCCAUUGUGGCGGUCAGACUCAGGGUGGCGUUCCCAUUGCUGCGGUCAGACUCAGGGUGGCGUUCCCAUUGUGGCGGUCAGACUCAGGGUGGCGUUCCCAUUGCCGCGGUCAGACUCAGGGUGGUGUUCCCAUUGUGGCGGUCAGACUCAGGGUGGCGUUCCCAUUGUCGCGGUCAGACUCAGGGUGGCGUUCCCAUUGUGGCGGUCAGACUCAGGGUGGCGUUCCCAUUGUGGCGGUCAGACUCAGGGUGGCGUUCCCAUUGUGGCGGUCAGACUCAGGGUGGCGUUCCCAUUGUGGCGGUCAGACUCAGGGUGGCGUUCCCAUUGUGGCGGUCAGACUCAGGGUGGCGUUCCCAUUGUGGCGGUCAGACUCAGGGUGGCGUUCCCAUUGUGGCGGUCAGACUCAGGGUGGCGUUCCCAUUGUGGCGGUCAGACUCAGGGUGGCGUUCCCAUUGUGGCGGUCAGACUCAGGGUGGCGUUCCCAUUGUGGCGGUCAGACUCAGGGUGGCGUUCCCAUUGUGGCGGUCAGACUCAGGGUGGCGUUCCCAUUGUAGCGGUCAGACUCAGGGUGGCGUUCCCAUUGUGGCGGUCAGACUCAGGGUGGCGUUCCCAUUGUGGCGGUCAAACUCAGGGUGGCGUUCCCAUUGUGGCGGUCAGACUCAGGGUGGCGUUCCCAUUGUGGCGGUCAGACUCAGGGUGGCGUUCCCAUUGUGGCGGUCAGACUCAGGGUGGCGUUCCCAUUGUGGCGGUCAGACUCAGGGUGGCGUUCCCAUUGUGGCGGUCAGACUCAGGGUGGCGUUCCCAUUGUGGCGGUCAGACUCAGGGUGGCGUUCCCAUUGUGGCGGUCAGACUCAGGGUGGCGUUCCCAUUGUGGCGGUCAGACUCAGGGUGGCGUUCCCAUUGUGGCGGUCAGACUCAGGGUGGCGUUCCCAUUGUGGCGGUCAGACUCAGGGUGGCGUUCCCAUUGCUGCGGUCAGACUCAGGGUGGCGUUCCCAUUGUGGCGGUCAGACUCAGGGUGGCGUUCCCAUUGCCGCGGUCAGACUCAGGGUGGCGUUCCCAUUGUGGCGAUCAGACUCAGGGUGGCGUUCCCAUUGUGGCGGUCAGACUCAGGGUGGCGUUCCCAUUGCCGCGGUCAGACUCAGGGUGGCGUUCCCAUUGUGGCGGUCAGACUCAGGGUGGUGUUCCCAUUGUGGCGGUCAGACUCAGGGUGGCGUUCCCAUUGUGGCGGUCAGACUCAGGGUGGCGUUCCCAUUGCCGCGGUCAGACUCAGGGUGGCGUUCCCAUUGUGGCGGUCAGACUCAGGGUGGUGUUCCCAUUGUGGCGGUCAGACUCAGGGUGGCGUUCCCAUUGUCGCGGUCAGACUCAGGGUGGCGUUCCCAUUGUGGCGGUCAGACUCAGGGUGGCGUUCCCAUUGUGGCGGUCAGACUCAGGGUGGCGUUCCCAUUGUGGCGGUCAGACUCAGGGUGGCGUUCCCAUUGUGGCGGUCAGACUCAGGGUGGCGUUCCCAUUGUGGCGGUCAGACUCAGGGUGGCGUUCCCAUUGUGGCGGUCAGACUCAGGGUGGCGUUCCCAUUGCCGCGGUCAGACUCAGGGUGGCGUUCCCAUUGUGGCGGUCAGACUCAGGGUGGCGUUCCCAUUGUGGCGGUCAGACUCAGGGUGGCGUUCCCAUUGUCGCGGUCAGACUCAGGGUGGCGUUCCCAUUGUGGCGGUCAGACUCAGGGUGGUGUUCCCAUUGUCGCGGUCAGACUCAGGGUGGCGUUCCCAUUGUGGCGGUCAGACUCAGGGUGGCGUUCCCAUUGUGGCGGUCAGACUCAGGGUGGCGUUCCCAUUGUGGCGGUCAGACUCAGGGUGGCGUUCCCAUUGUGGCGGUCAGACUCAGGGUGGUGUUCCCAUUGUCGCGGUCAGACUCAGGGUGGCGUUCCCAUUGUGGCGGUCAGACUCAGGGUGGCGUUCCCAUUGUGGCGGUCAGACUCAGGGUGGCGUUCCCAUUGUAGCGGUCAGACUCAGGGUGGCGUUCCCAUUGUGGCGGUCAGACUCAGGGUGGCGUUCCCAUUGUGGCGGUCAGACUCAGGGUGGCGUUCCCAUUGUGGCGGUCAGACUCAGGGUGGCGUUCCCAUUGUGGCGGUCAGACUCAGGGUGGCAUUCCCAUUGUGGCGGUCAGACUCAGGGUGGCGUUCCCAUUGCCGCGGUCAGACUCAGGGUGGCGUUCCCAUUGUGGCGGUCAGACUCAGGGUGGCGUUCCCAUUGUAGCGGUCAGACUCAGGGUGGCGUUCCCAUUGUGGCGGUCAGACUGAGGGUGGCGUUCCCAUUGUGGCGGUCAGACUCAGGGUGGCGUUCCCAUUGUGGCGGUCAGACUCAGGGUGGCGUUCCCAUUGUGGCGGUCAGACUCAGGGUGGCGUUCCCAUUGCCGCGGUCAGACUCAGGGUGGCGUUCCCAUUGUGGCGGUCAGACUCAGGGUGGCGUUCCCAUUGUGGCGGUCAGACUCAGGGUGGCGUUCCCAUUGUCGCGGUCAGACUCAGGGUGGCGUUCCCAUUGUGGCGGUCAGACUCAGGGUGGCGUUCCCAUUGUGGCGACUCAGGGUGGCGUUCCCAUUGUGGCGGUCAGACUCAGGGUGGCGUUCCCAUUGCUGCGGUCAGACUCAGGGUGGCGUUCCCAUUGUGGCGGUCAGACUCAGGGUGGCGUUCCCAUUGCCGCGGUCAGACUCAGGGUGGUGUUCCCAUUGUGGCGGUCAGACUCAGGGUGGCGUUCCCAUUUUCGCGGUCAGACUCAGGGUGGCGUUCCCAUUGCCGCGGUCAGACUCAGGGUGGCGUUCCCAUUGCCGCGGUCAGACUCAGGGUGGUGUUCCCAUUGUGGCGGUCAGACUCAGGGUGGCGUUCCCAUUGUGGCGGUCAGACUCAGGGUGGCGUUCCCAUUGUGGCGGUCAGACUCAGGGUGGCGUUCCCAUUGUGGCGGUCAGACUCAGGGUGGCGUUCCCAUUGUGGCGGUCAGACUCAGGGUGGCGUUCCCAUUGUGGCGGUCAGACUCAGGGUGGCGUUCCCAUUGUGGCGGUCAGACUCAGGGUGGCGUUCCCAUUGUGGCGGUCAGACUCAGGGUGGCGUUCCCAUUGUGGCGGUCAGACUCAGGGUGGCGUUCCCAUUGUGGCGGUCAGACUCAGGGUGGCGUUCCCAUUGUAGCGGUCAGACUCAGGGUGGCGUUCCCAUUGUGGCGGUCAGACUCAGGGUGGCGUUCCCAUUGUGGCGGUCAGACUCAGGGUGGCGUUCCCAUUGUGGCGGUCAGACUCAGGGUGGCGUUCCCAUUGUGGCGGUCAGACUCAGGGUGGCGUUCCCAUUGUGGCGGUCAGACUCAGGGUGGCGUUCCCAUUGUGGCGGUCAGACUCAGGGUGGCGUUCCCAUUGUGGCGGUCAGACUCAGGGUGGCGUUCCCAUUGUAGCGGUCAGACUCAGGGUGGCGUUCCCAUUGUGGCGGUCAGACUCAGGGUGGCGUUCCCAUUGUGGCGGUCAGACUCAGGGUGGCGUUCCCAUUGUGGCGGUCAGACUCAGGGUGGCGUUCCCAUUGUGGCGGUCAGACUCAGGGUGGCGUUCCCAUUGUGGCGGUCAGACUCAGGGUGGCGUUCCCAUUGUGGCGGUCAGACUCAGGGUGGCGUUCCCAUUGUGGCGGUCAGACUCAGGGUGGCGUUCCCAUUGUGGCGGUCAGACUCAGGGUGGCGUUCCCAUUGUGGCGGUCAGACUCAGGGUGGCGUUCCCAUUGUGGCGGUCAGACUCAGGGUGGCGUUCCCAUUGUGGCGGUCAGACUCAGGGUGGCGUUCCCAUUGUGGCGGUCAGACUCAGGGUGGCGUUCCCAUUGUGGCGGUCAGAGGAGCACGGCGAGUGUUGUAA